AUGUGGGCUGUAGUUUACUCUGUGUUGCUGAUUUUGAGUCUCUGGGUUUCCACUUCAUGCCAUGCAUUCACAACUGUGGGUCCUUGUUUGGUCAACAGAGAGAAGGUCACUUUUGAUUGCAGCAGGCAGAACCUCAUGUCAGUACCACAGCAGAUCUGGUCAAACGUGACUGAACUGGACCUCUCAGAGAACCAUUUAAAGUUAACACAUGCUGAAGCUUUUAAAGAGCUGCAAAACUUCGAUCGCUUGAUUAAGCUCAAUCUAUCAGGAAACUACCUCCCUCUACUGGUACAGCAGCACUUCUUCCAUCUGCCAGCUCUAGAAAUCCUGGACAUCAGUGGAUGCAGGUUGGGAGCAAUCAGGACUGGAGCUCUGCUGAGCUUCCCCAGGCUGAAAAAGCUUUUUAUAGGCAAUAAUAAUCUUCAAACUGCUAUAUCUGCUGUACCUAACGACCAUGGAUGGAUUGAGAUCAGAGGCCUUAGCAGUAAUCUUCAACUUAAUGACUGGGCUGAGCAGGCAGAGGAAAGUGGAACCAGAGACUACAAGCAGGAAAGACAUUCUCUUGAUGGUAUCAAGAAGAUCAACCACAUUUCGUUUCAACGUAAACUUCUGGCAGAACUCUUGGGAGCCAACACUGCAACAAACACAAGCAACAGCACAGCUGAAUCGUCCAAAAAUGUUGUUAAAAAACCCUCAGACACUUGGAGGUAUCUGGUAGGAGUGCUGGUAACAGCUGUUAGCAUCUCCGCACUCGUCGCUGUUGUGGCAAAGUGCAAACUCAUCCACCGAUACCUGGCUAGCUACAGGCACUCGAGGCUCAGCGAGGCAGACGGGAUGAGUCAGUGUGAUCCUUCUAACUUUGGGGUGGAAUUCACAAGUAGAAGGACCUCAGGAAGCCGCCCACAUUAUGACAGAGAGACCGGAGAUAUAAUGGAAGAGGACGAUGAUGGUUUUAUUGAGGACAACUACAUUCCGACUAGUGAUCGGGAAAGAGCUGAGCGAGAGGCUGAACACUGGCAAGAUAAGGAGGAGGAAGAUGAGGAGGAGGAGGAAGAUGAGGAGGAGAUUGAGUUCAGCAUUGCGUAAACAAGAACAUGAUGAACUAUGAGCCAUAACACUGAUCCACCACCUAAAUAAUACCUGCUUUGUAGUGGUCCUGUGGGGGUCCUGACGACUGAAGAACAGGGUGAAAGCAGGUUAAAAAAGUAUGUAGAGAAACAGAUGGACUACAGUCAGUAAUUAUAGAACUACAAAGUGCUUCUAUAUGGUAAGUGGAGCUGAUAAAAUGGACAGUGUGUGUAGAAACAAGGAGGUGGUUUUAAUGUUACGGCUGAUCAGUGUAAUGUACAAGAGAUCAAACAGAAUAUGACAAGAAGAUGUAAUCAUAUCAAGAUGAUGCUUAUAUGAUUUACCGGUUCACCUACUUUUACACUUAAUGUAUGACCGUUGAAUGUAAUUUUAUGGUUUGUGUACACUCAAUUCCUUUUAUAAGUUGUCUUAGGACUUACUUUAAUGAUUCAGUUUGUAGAAACACCCAUCCUAAUUAUUGUGUUUAGGUGUUUAAGCCAUACUGACUAGUACUGUGUUUAAGAACAAUUAAAUAAAGUAAAUAUGCUUUCAUAUUUGCAA